AUGGCUAACGAAGUCGACAGUCCCGCAAUCGGCACAUUGGAGGACUUUAGGACAACAAAAAUAGUCCCGCUUCCAACCGCAUGCCCCGGCGAAAUAUGCUGUAUCUGUCAAGAAACAUAUGACAAAUCACACCAAGCAGUCACUGUGCUCGUAAACAACUGUUACCAUCGCUUUGGCCAAGAGUGCCUCGAAAGAUACCUCAACAGUGGGAGUCGACAGAACAACACAUGCCCGCAAUGCAAACGAGCAUGGUAUACGCGAGUGACUGCCUCUACCAACACAUCUUCAACAGCAAACCUGCCACCAGUUCAGGCGCAACCAGAACCACGACCGACGACACACGAAACACGGUCAACGGUGUGGCAAGAGGAGGAUUUGUACCACAGAAUGGCAAACGGCCACCUUGCACAAGCUCUAGAGCAUCUAGAUAUGGUCGAAGACAUCAUCUCUAAUAGACGCACGACUACUAGAGACAUUCUUCCAGUACUCAAAAUAGUGGAGCGUCGUGCCAAGGAAAUCCACGACGAGCUUCAGCAUGGUGAUGAUGUAUCUCGUCAUGUGGCACGUCUACAUAAUGACCGAGCUAUUCGAGCCUCCAUGGAUAUUGGAGUUUCGCUGAAUGGGGCUUUUAUGAGCCGAUAA